CUGCGCAGGCGCGGUGCGGUGACGGAGCGGAGACCAUUUCCUCCAGCAGCAGGCCCGAGCUGCACACACACACACACACACACAGUCACACGCUCACACACAGAUGCAGACAACCGGACGAGCGUCGAAGCGAAGCCACGUCUGGGAUUGUGUUAUCUCCCCGCUGCCGGAGCUGGAUGCGCCCUCACCGCCCGACUCUCCCUGAUGGGCCUUCGCCGCUAGUCUCCAGCCACAUCUGCCCCGCUGCUCCCCGCUGCUCUCUGCUGUGUUUCGGCUCUGAUGGUACUAGUUGAACAGUGACCGCUUCCUGCCUGAGGAAACCUGCUGCCGAACUCCCUUCAUCAUGUCUGGGAUUCACGCACCAUGGUCGACUGGCGCAGAGUGUGUAGCCAAAUACAACUUCCAGACUGCCAAUGAACAGGACCUGCCCUUCUGUAAAGGAGACGUACUGACCAUCAUCGGAGUCACCAGGGAUCCAAACUGGUACAGAGCGAGGAACACGGUGGGCAGAGAGGGCACCAUCCCAGCCAACUAUGUCCAGAAAAGGGAAGGAGUCAAGCUAGGAGGCAAACUCAGUCUUAUGCCCUGGUUUCAUGGGAAGAUAACUCGGGAGCAGGCCGAGCGGCUCCUCUACCCUCCAGAGACGGGCUUGUACUUGGUGAGGGAGAGUACCAACUACCCCGGCGAUUACACCCUGUGCGUCAGCUGUGAUGGCAAGGUGGAGCACUACCGCAUCAUCUACCACAACGGCAAGCUCACCAUCGACGAGGAGGAGUACUUUGAGAACCUCAUGCAGCUGGUGGAGCAUUACACCAAAGAUGCUGAUGGCCUUUGCACCAGGCUGAUUAAACCCAAGUUGAUGGAGGGAACCGUGGCAGCGCAGGACGAGUUCUCCAGGAGCGGCUGGGCCUUGAACAGAAAGGAGCUGAAACUGAUCCAGACCAUCGGCAAAGGGGAGUUUGGAGAUGUGAUGGUGGGAGACUACAGAGGGACCAAGGUGGCAGUCAAGUGUAUCAAAAAUGAUGCCACAGCGCAGGCUUUCAUCGCUGAGGCGUCUGUCAUGACGCAACUGAGGCACAACAACCUGGUGCAGUUGUUAGGGGUAAUUGUCGAGGAGAGGGGCAGUCUCUACAUCGUCACAGAGUACAUGGCAAGGGGCAGCCUAGUGGACUACCUGCGCUCUCGAGGACGGACCGUGCUCGGCGGAGACUGCUUACUCAAGUUCUCACUUGACGUGUGUGACGCCAUGGAGUACCUGGAGGCCAACAACUUCGUCCACAGAGACCUGGCAGCUCGUAACGUGCUGGUGUCCGACGACAACAUCGCCAAGGUCAGCGACUUCGGCCUCACCAAGGAGGCCUCCUCCAUUCAGGACACUGCCAAGCUGCCUGUCAAGUGGACCUCCCCCGAAGCACUAAGAGAGAAGAGGUUUUCCACCAAGUCGGACGUGUGGAGUUACGGGAUCCUACUUUGGGAGAUCUACUCGUUUGGGCGCGUGCCUUACCCUAGAAUUCCGCUGAAGGAGGUGGUGCCCCGGGUGGAGAAGGGCUACAAGAUGGACGCCCCGGACGGCUGCCCGCCCGUCGUCUAUGACCUGAUGAAGCAGUGCUGGACCUUGGACGCCGUGGUGCGGCCCUCCUUCCGCAUGCUGAGGGAGAAGCUGCAGCAUAUCAGAACCAAGGAGCUCUACCUGUGAAGAGGGGGCACGGGAGAGGGUGGGGUGGGAGAGAGGGGAGGGGGGUGGCGUGAGACGCAGCCGAGCGCAGCUGUAAAGUGGGAGGAGGGGGAGGAGAAGAAGAGGGACCACAGCGCCUUCCUCCUGCCCGCCCAGCCUGUUGACCUGUGGGACUGCUGCACUGUGCCCCCUACCCUUCCUCGACCUCAGACUUCCACCAGCCUUCCUCCACACACGGACUGUUUCCUGUUUGUGUUGUAUAGCUUUGGCCAGUUUCCUCUUCUCUGGAUGGGCCAGCACUCUUCCCUCCUGCUUUACCUUCCACUUCACUCACUCUCUCUGUCUCCUCUCUCAUGGUUUCUCCUCUUGAAGAUCCCCCUUUCUUUAUUGUUUCCUCCUCCUCUCCUGAACAUGGCAUUAACUGGAGGGGAGGCUGGCCUUUUCCUCCACGUUUGUCAGGUGCUCUCUCUUUUUCCCCUCAUUCCUCCGUCAUUCCUGGUUCUCCGUAUCACCAUGUGGCUCUGCAUGCCAUUUCAGCCCAUCUCUCUUGUCAUUCCAUCCUUCCCUCAAUCCCCCCCUCCCGUCGGUGUGGUGUCAGGUGUGGGGCCUUCGCUCUGUGCCAAAGUGCCUCCAGUCUACAGAGCUCCAGACUUCCCUCCAGCACUUCUUUCAAUGGACUUUUUGUGGUUUGCUUUUUUUAAUUACUUUUUUUAAGAGAUCUUUUUUUAUUGCUUUUUUUUUUUUUCAGGGAGGUUAUCAAACCAUUUUUAGUGCUUUCUCCCCAACCUCCAACAUGUCCCCAUCAGACUGUAUGCAUUUUUUUUUUUCAAAUGUCCAAAAAGAGAGAGCGUGAACAGGAAGAGGGAGGAUGUGGGGACCAGUAUCAUGUUUGUCCUCCGGUCGAGACAGUCCAGAGGAGCCGGCGGUGGGGCAGCAGGACAUUACCAGGAGGAGAAGGGGGAAAGGCAGUUCUCAAACAUGGUCAAUUCAUCAUACGUGGGCUUGUUUUUAUAUCAAAAUAUAUUUAAAGGAUUAAAAAAAGAACAAGAAAAAACUGACUGGGGCAGAGAGUUAAAACGAGGAGGACUUUAAGAAGCCAGGAGUCUCUUGGCGUUAGGAAUGUUAAGUGUCUCUGUGAAUGCUGGGGUCAGGGUGGUGCAUGCUGUGUGUGAGAGGCCUUGGGUUCAACUGUCAGUGCUUUCAAUGUUAAUUGUUUUAUUAUGCUAUCAUGAUUAUGAAUAAAUCAUUCCAUCUGAA